AUGCUCACCACAACGGCAAGAACGAGCGUCCUCCCCAGAGCGACCUGGUCCUCGGCACGACAGGCCACAUGCACCGCCGUCCAGCGUCGAUCUUACGCGCAAGCAGCCGAUGUCGGACCCGGUCUGGGCGCACCGGCAAGCUCACGUCCAGCACAAGGUGGAGGACAGCAGCGGCAACAAUGGCAGCGCAAGCAACCGUUGGCGACCGCACAGACGUUGACACUCUUUUCUGAAACACCUCAAGGUCUUCUCAUUGCAUUACGGUCUACGCUGCAGAGCAUGACUUCACUUGCUUCCCGUCUCGUUCCUGCUCCCAACGCAAACGCAUCUCCCAAGAAAGGUCACUAUGACCAUGUUCUGCUUUACGCUCUCAGCAAAGACCUUCCAUCUCAGUACCUUAGCGAAGCUGUCUCCAUCUUGCGAGGACCAGAUCCUGCUCCGGAUGCGUCAUCUAGCAAGGAGGAGAAGGCUAGUAUGACUGCUGCACAGACCGCCGCGGCCGAGACAGAAGCAGCGAAAGCGCUGCAAGCUGGCGAAGAUGCUGGUUCAAGCAUCGCAAGAGUCGGUAUCUUGUCUUCGCCUUUGCCAUCUUCACUUAUUCCAGCGAAUGCGAUUGAGCCUAGCUCUCAGCCGAUUGCAUCACCUAGCCUAUACUCGGCAGCACUGUCUUUGCUUCCUGGUGUCAAUGCGGUUCCUUUCCGAUCAACGAUUCCAGGCCGGGCCGAAGUAGCCGUGGGCCGCUGGAUGGACCGCAAGCCGUCGUGGCAGCAGGGCGCAGAGCGAAGAGCCGAUCUACUCGAUGAUGGCAACGGCGCUCUCCCCGGCGGCAGUCGUGACUGGCGUGAUAUCUGGGGUCGUGAGAACCUGGAAGGCAAGGUCCCGGAAGGUCUCGAGACACUCGACCCAAACUCAGCAGCCUCGUUCAUCUUCUUCUCCGACACAUCUCCACACGGCCUCAUGGAGGGUCUUGCGACUCAAUUUCCCGCCAGCUCCGUUCUUGGUCUGUUUGCGCCACCAACACCCUUCGAGACCGGUCGUGACCAGACCCUCCUCCUCUCUCUCCCACAAGGCGGCCCUUCUGGUGUGCAGCCAAGCAGCAACAUCCACACACACGGUGCUGUUGGUGUAGCCCUCGUAGCAAGCAACGAUGCACGUGAUGCAGACCAUCUCCCCAUCCCUAGCGUCAAGACCGAUUUCGAGGGACUACAACCUUUCGGUCCACGACGAGAGAUCACUGCAGCGCAAGGAAACAUCAUCUCCAGCCUUGACAACGCAAACGCUGCCCAGCAAUUAUUGAGAGAUAUUCAGACUCGUUCGCAUCCUCUCGAUCUCGGUUCAGACAAGGCUUCGAGCUCGGGUGAAGGUGCGCAGAAAGAGGCAGAAAAGAUGUCGGAACAACAAGCAAGACAAAUCGCAUCCAAGGUGAAGAAGGAAGAGGAUUUCUUCCUCGCCAUCUACGCCGAGCCUGCCAGUGGGUCUAGUGCUGAUGCUAAGCGUGAGCCGCUGAUGCUGGCGCAGAUUCUGUCUGGGCAUCCAUCGAGGGGUACGCUCUCAAUCGAUACGGAGGCAGAGCUAGGCCCUGGUCCCGGUCAACCUCAGGGAACGAUGAAGACUUAUGCUCAGUUCUAUCAGAUCGAUCCUGCUUUCCUAUCGAAGCACAAAAAGGGUGGAGAAGAGGUGAAGGCGGAAAUGAAGUUGAUCAGCCCUAGUGCGAUCGAGAUUCCAGGUCCUGAUCCCAGUGUUUGGGUCACACCAAGGUUUCUUUUCCUCUCUUUGCCGGCUUCGAAUGAGGACUUGCCUAAGGCUGAUCAAGCGAACGACGGUGCGGGGAAGAAACAAGGCGGGGGUGGAAAGCAUCAAGUUAUGGCACUGCCGAAUCUCUUCAUUGCUGCUUCGGAACGCGGUUGGAUUGCAGGCAAGGGCCAGAAGUCGCCAUUGACGCAAGGGCAGAAAGCGAAUCAGAAGGGAGAAGGAGGUAACGCGAGCCCCGUGUUGGGAUUGCAGAAGGACGGAUCGUCAAUCAUUACUUGCACAGUUCCGUUGGCAAAAGCAACAUUGUCGCUGCGUGCUGCUGCCGCUGAUUCUUCCUCGCAAAUGAAGUAG